GAGUGACAGAGAGUAAAAUAGAACAGAGAAACGGAGAGAGAUUGAGACAUUGGCAAAAGAAAGAAAGCAGGAGGUAAGAGAGCAGAUAGGAAUAGAGAGAGAGAAGUAGAGGAGGGGGAGAGUGAGAGAGAGGAGAGGAGAAGACAGGGAGUGAGAGACAGAGGGAGGGAGAGGGGGAGAGAGUGGCGGAUUGGUCUGGGCCCUGCCCCCACCCGUGUGUCCUUUGCACCAAGGAAGGGAGUGUUGAGCCCCACAAGGGACAGGACGCGAGGGCAGGGGACGGGAUGUCCACCCCCGAGCCCCAUCUGUACAACUGCAGCCGGGGCCCUGGAACACCCCAGCAUCCCUUCGGGACGAGGGGCGAGGCCGGGCUGGGCGAGGCCGAGGCCUCCAUCGACUUGGCGGGCUACGUGAUGGAGGGCAGCGAGGAGUUCCUGUCCGACCUCUUCUCCAAGCAGGAGCGGCUGAAGGCCGAGGUCCCCCCUUUCCACUACCCGUUCUCCACGGCCCCUCAGCCCUACUACACCCAGCCCUACGGCGCCGAGCGCAAGGUGGGAGGGCGCUUGGCCUACGAAGCAGGCCUACCCCCCGUGAAGGAGGAGCCGGGUGACGGGGGUGCACACAGCCUGACGCCGGCCUACCAGGCCCUGCACUACCAGGUGGCCCAUGUGGGGCAGACCAAUGUACAACUGGGCCCAGGAUCCAUGACCGGCCACUCAGCCAACCGGCUUUACAAGGCUCCGGUGUCGGUCGGCAGCGCGGCCGGUCCGUGUCCCCCGGGCAUGCGGGAGCGCUUGCCACUCGGCGGCAAGACGAAGAAGGCGGUGAACAAGGACAGCGUGGAGUACCGUCUCCGCCGGGAGCGCAACAACAUCGCGGUGCGGAAGAGCCGCGACAAGGCGAAGCGGCGGAACCUGGAGACGCAGCAGAAAGCGCUGGAGUUCAUGUCGGAGAACGAGCGGCUGCGGAGCCGGGUGGAGCAGCUGACCCAGGAACUGGAGACCCUGCGCGGUCUCUUCCGCCAGCUGCCCGAGGCCGGGGCCACCCAUUCCCGGCCCUAGGCUCCGCCG